AAUGCAAAACCUCAUCAUAAAACCUGCCGAUAAAGGCAGUGUCGUGGUGGUUAUGGAAAAAGAAAAAUACCUGUGGGAGGGAUACAGACAAUUAAAGGAUGAAAAAUACUAUAAAGAAUUAGAGAAACCCAUCUACCCCGAAACAUUUGACAUCAUAACUAAAAUAUUCCACAACUUAUAUGAUAAAAAAAUAAUCAAUGCUAAACAACGCAAUUACCUAAUUGGCGACUCAGAACCAAGAGCCAGAAAAUUUUACCUCCUCCCCAAAAUCCAUAAGGAAGCAGCCUCCUGGAGUAUCCCAUUCGUCGUCCCACCAGGUCGUCCGAUAGUGUCGGACUGCGGCAGUGAGACCUAUAGGUCAGCAGAAUUUAUUGAUCAUUUUCUAAAUCCCCUGUCCACAAAACACAAAAGCUACAUCAAAGACACCUAUGAUUUUAUAGAGAAAAUUAAAAAUUUGAAUGUCCCCCUAAAUUCUAUUUUAUUCACCAUUGAUGUGGACAGUUUAUAUACAAACAUUAACACCCAGGAGGGAAUUAGAUCAAUCAAAAACAUUUUUAAUAAAUUCCAUGACCCCCAGAGACCUGAUGAGGAAAUUUUGAAAUUAUUAGAAAUUAAUUUGACCCGAAACGAUUUUGAAUUCGACCAACAUUUUUUUCUACAAAUUAAGGGAACGGCGAUGGGCAAAAAAUUCGCUCCGGCUUAUGCCGACAUUUUUAUGGCCGAAUGGGAGGCAGAGGCAUUAGAGAAAUGCUCCAAAAAACCUUUACACUAUUUUAGGUAUUUGGAUGACAUCUGGGGAGUUUGGACUCACGCAGAACAGGACUUCCAACACUUUAUUGAUACACUUAAUAACCACAAUCCCUCAAUUAAAUUAAAAUCCACCAUCAAUCAGGAAUCAAUUAACUUUUUGGACACCACAACAUUUAAAGGACCCAAAUUUUACACACACAACAUCCUGGACACCAAAGUUUAUUUUAAAGACACUGACACACAUGCUCUCCUACACAAGGAGAGCUACCAUCCAAAACACACCUUCAGAGGCUUGGUAAAGUCCCAACUGCUGAGGUUCCACAGGAUCUGCACUCAGAGGGAGGACUUCCUGCAGGCGACUGGAAAACUCUUUUCAGCCCUGUCCAGUAGAGGGUACACCAGGACCUUCCUCAGAGGCGUCCUGAAAACAUAUUUGGAACCAAAACCCCCCCAGAUGUCACCUGCCAUCCCAUUCGUGACCACUUAUUCGGAAUCAACGGUAAAAUUAGUCCAAAAAAUCAAAAGGAACUUUAAAACCACUGUUGACACUCACCUUGGACAGGACCUCCGACUUAUUGCUGCAUUUCGUAAAAACAAAAACCUCAAAGACCACUUAGUGAGGGCAAAACUCCCCACUAAUGUCAAUCUGGCCCCUAAAAAUAAAACCACUUAUUUUAAACAACUUAAUUGGAUCCAAAAUGAUAAAACCAAACAGGUGUUUAACUUACCCAGUAGAGCAUCGGUUCACUCCUCCAACUGUGUGUAUGUUAUCACCUGUAAGAAAUGCAGCAUUAAGUAUGUGGGGGAAACAGGAAGAACGUUACACCAGCGCUUUUAUGGCCACAAGCAAAAUAUUGUGGGAAAACAGAGGACCCACCAGGUUUUGGUCCAGCACUUCCUCACCCAUGGAUGGGAGUCGGUCCAGGCCUCAGUGUUGGAGUGCAAUCCACACUGGAGCCAAGCCCAGAGGAAAAGGGCUGAGAAGGGCUGGAUCACCAGGCUGGACACUCUCUCCCCACACGGCCUCAAUGAGCGCCUGACCUUUACCCCCUGGAUUAACAUCCCCCCCAGGGGGGCUUCCUCUAAUCCUGACUUGGUCCAGUAACCCUAACCUUAACCACAUGGGGGGGGCCCUAACCCUAACCACACACUCCCCCCAUGAAAAAACCUGAAUAAUUUUAAUCCCAGCCCCACAUGUAACCCUAAGCCUAACCAUUAUCCUGUCCAGAACCCUAACCUUAAUCCCAGGGGGGUGAGCCCUAACCAUAACCACUCCCCCUGUGUGAAAAAAACAC